AAACCCAAAUUACAGUACAACAAACCAGUGGCCUGAAUACACGAAGGAGUUCAAGGACUAUGCCAUCAUAGACAGUCGUGGUUUGACAGUUGGACAAGGGUUAAGACAUAAGCAGUGUGCUUUCAUCGCCAGUUUAACGAGCUCUUUACCUCUAACAGAAACACAAGAAGGAAAUGGAACUUCAAUAUCGCUUGACCUUGAUGCUUUAACAGACGACUCCGGCACAUUACGACAUUCCUUCCAAGUCAUUGGUCAGUAA